AUAUUUGAUAGGCUGCUUCCACAUGUACACAAAACAACCAAAAUGCUCAUCUCAAACGAUUUUAAAUGUCUUUUUAUGCUGAUUUUAGGCUUUAUUCAGUGGGUUUCGAGUUAUGAAAUGACCAGGGAUUAUGAGGAAGCCAGCCAUUUUGAUGUUAUGCCGGGUGGUGCGGUCUUGUCUCACGAAAAACAGUUGGAUGGUUUUACCUGUAAAUUUACAUAUGCAUGUCAAGGUGGAACAAAAGAGGGCUGGCAGUUAACAAUAAACACCAACACUGAUAAAACAAAAUAUUUAUGUUCCGUACAAAGACCUGAUGGGAAAUCCUAUUUAUUUUUUCAAUCUUUUAAGUUAGAAUUUACAGGUUUAGAAGUUAAAGAGGGAUAUGCUAUGGGUGCUAAUUUCAAACCAUUAUCGCCUUCAGAAUAUCAAGUAGAUUUUCAAAAACAUUCUAUCAGUGAUGUAGCUGGUAAAUUUGGAUCUCAGCUAGAAAAAGUAGAAUUAUAUGGUGAAAAGGGAAAAGCAGAAUUAUAAUGGUCUUGUUUUAUAAAAUAUUGUAUUAUUUACUUUUAUUAUCAUCAUCCACUCUUUUUGUUCAAUACAUGUAAUUAGUUUGUUCUUGAAAUUUGUAUCUGUAGGGAUGCUAGCUAUUGAACUGGGCAGAAGCAAGAGGUUUGAGCUAAAGAUGAUAAAAAUAUAACUUUUGCAUUGACUAUUUCGACAGAAUUGACAUUAAAAUUCAAAGUAGAAGUUUAGAAAUGUGAGGGAAUUUGUGUCAUAUUCAUUCUCUCAUAAAUAAUUUUAUUAACAAAUAAUUGUUAUUAUUGAUAGAUAUGGUAUAUAAAUAUGUACAUUAAACUGUAUUAAACAUUAGUAGUUAUU